AGCAGAGAGAGAAUUCCCAUCGGAGGCCAUCCCUCCCUCCCCGUCAAGCCCCUGACAGCCGGGCGACAUUGCCUUCCCCCCCUCUCCGGACACUUCCCCCUUUGCCAUAUAUAAGGCCAUGGCCGACCAUACCGUGGCUCAUUUCGCUGUCAUCGUUUGCUGGUUUAAUAUCGUCGCGAAUCUUAUCCAGUUGUUGUUUUUGAACACCGAUCGAGUCACUGCGAACACGUAGUACCGUGGUCACUCCCAGUGUUACAGUGAAGUACGAACUUUUUUUGGAAUAUCUCAGCCUUGAGGAGUUACAGCAGGAGAUAACAUUUCACAUUUCACGUAGUAAACAUCCAUAGUAUCAAAAUGAAGGUAUUAAUGAAUUCAGAAGUCUGCCAGACAGAAAGCGCCGUUACGAACGGCAAAAUAUGUAAGAAGAAGGACAUAGAAAAUGAAGAAAUCCAAAUGUACCUAGCAAAACUGAAAGAUCUUGUUCCAUUCAUGCCGAAAAAUAAGAAGCUGAGCAAACUAGAAGUUAUCCAGUAUGUAAUAGACUACAUUUGCGAUCUUCAGAACGCAUUGGAGACACAUUCAGCUGUCACAGCAUUUGAUGCAGCGUCGGCAAUGUGUCUGAAACAGUCCCAGGGAGCCAUCAGUCCCAGGCAACCUUUGGGCGUGAGGCAGAGCCCCAAUAGGAUAUUGACACCCUGCGAGGCGCCACUCAUACAGAGUAUCACGAGCCCAGAGACACCUGAUAGGCAAGUAUCUUGCUGAGAACCUGACACAUUGUGCGUUCGUGUUCAACUCAUUCCAAUUCCCUGACUUUAGUCAAAAAGGGAAACGACUGAUUUUCAUUUAUUUAUGAAGAAGUGAUGUUUAAAUAGGAAUAUUCCUGAUGAACAUUUGUUUAGAUUUUAUCUUCGACCAAUCAAUUAUAAUGCGGGAAAUGAAAGUGCGGAUGAGCUCUCAAGGGAAGGAUCAUCCACACCCUAUAUAUACAUGCCCAGAACCUGCCUUGGAGGUGCCCUAAAGCACAACAAGAAAAUCAAGCCAAAUAAUGGGUAAGAAACCAGCACAAGGAACAUUGGCACUUGGUGACUGGAUGUAGGCAUGGGACCAUGUCUCUCAAUGAGUAGAAACCAACUCCGUGCAGUUACAGGGCUUAUAACAGGACUCAAUGGCCUGAAGGAACACCUGAGCAAAAUAGGCCUGUACGAUGGAGACCUUAGCUGCAGAUAAUGCUGAAGUGGGUUCUGUAAACUCCAGGAGCAAGGCAUAAUAAGCCCUAGAGGCUGCACUGCCUUCGGGAACUUUGGUCGGACGGCUUCCGGAAAGGGGAAAAAAGCAUUUAUAAAAAACGUUAACAUUUCAACUUCAGGGUAUUUGUUAGGUAACUAUUAUGGGCGGAUUAAAAAGUUUCCGUACUAGUUUUGUAACUCACCAACAGAUGGCAGCUCGAGGCUGUGCCUGAAUUACCUCACAAAGUGGUGUACGAAAUUUCCUGACUGCGAUUUCGCGAUGAACUAAGAGUUUUAGCAGAGAGCGAACAUUGGGACGUCACUACGGAAACCGUAAAUAUGUAUCGGAAAGUUUAUGGUGAUGAAGGCGAUGAACUGUUCUCAAAUUUUUGAAUAGCAUCGGCGAUAUCAACUGGUAAGAAAGUCCGAACCAAACACUAAAUAAAAUUGUACAACAAAAGCGAUGAGGAAACAUGGUACAGUAAUUUGUGGGGUUAACAGCUGAUUUAUGUAGCAGGAACAACCUCGACGUGUGAUUUUUUGGCAAGUUGAAGGGAAAUAUUUUAUUCACCCUCAUGUUCAGCUUGUCUGACCUCAGUAAAAGAAUUUAAUUUUAUUAAAAAUAGCAUCGCAAGUUUUUAUUUUUAAUUUGAAAAUAGAGCAAAAUGUAUAUGUUGGUCGAAGAUAUAAACAUCUUUUUAAAAAUAUGCUUGAUGAUUUAAAGUUUUUGGUUAUAUACCGGUUGUAAUAGAUAUACGUUAUUCAAAUUAAUAUUUAAAUUUACAUGAUAAUAAAAAAUGAAAUUUUAAGAAUUACAAAAGGAAACUUAUUCUUGAUUCGAAAGUUUAUGACUAGAUACUCUUAAAUCAUCGGCAUUAUUUCUUAAUGGUUUUUUAAUGAUUUUCAUUCUGUGAUUUUCGUAGUGUAUAUAAAGAUUAUAGAGGCUAUUAGUAUAUACGAUCACAUUACAAAAUUUGUAUAAGAGUGAUGGUUGUAAAAAACUUUGGAAGUAACACAUAUUCCAUCAUGUUUUUGUGAUGAACAAUUGCAAAUAAUUUCUUAUCGAUUCGUGCCAAAAUGGGCACACUGCGUACUAAUCUUUUCAAACGUUCCGGUCGUUUUCACAUUUUAGGGCUCCAGCAAUUUCAGUUUCUCAAAAGCACACAAUUUUGGUUCAGGUGCUCAUUUUGCAUUAAAAUAACAAGAUUACUUUUCCGAAAUAUUAGCAUAUUCACUCCAUUGUUGAAUGUUUUAAUACUAUGUUACUACCCCAAUAAUGAAUAUUGUGAAUAUUCAACAAAAAGUAUUUUAUUGAAAGAUUUAUACUUUGAAUACUGAAAUAUGACACAAAUAUGCCCAUUAUGAUUCUGAUACUAUCUUCGGUAUGAUUGUCUGUUGUAGUGGAAUAUGAUUUCGAAAUGCUCGUGAAGGAUUCAUUGAAUGAUAUGUUUGUCUUUUUUUUUUGCUAAUACUUUCAAAGGUACAAGAUGAAUAGUGCAAUAAGGAUAAUGGCCUAGCUUUAAUUAGAUUAGUUUUCUUUUGUAAACUUCCUUUCUGUCAAUGUCUUCAGAUACUUUUAAUGGAAAACUUUGUGAAUAGUGUUCUAUGUUAAAUAUAUUGCGUGACAAAAAAAAUGUAAAUAGUUAUCUAUCCUAUAAUUCCAUAUUGUAAAAAUCUAUAUAUGACAUUUGAGUCAAAUUAAAAGAAUAAAUUUGUACA